UCUAGAUGUGAAGCCAACGUUUCCGUGAACAGGUAAGGGGUAAAGUGGCGUUUAAAUCACAGUUGAGUAAAACCGUUUCUCCAAGGUUUUAAUAUGGCACUGUUCAACCCAAAGACGGCGGCCUAUCUAAACUGUCAUCUAAUCAGAGAGGCAAACUAGGGCCCUUUGUAACUCUGGAGGAGCACUCUUUAGUGAGAGUUUGAACACAAACAAUUAUUAGUUGUGCAUUCCACAAAUCUGGCUUUUGUGGAGGAAUAUCAAGGAGGGGAAAAAGGUCUUGCUUGGGCAAGGGGCACAUCUCCCUGAACACGUCCCCAUUGUAAAGCGUGGUGGCAACAACAUGCUGUGGGGUUGCUGGAGCAACAAUAGAAAAGCUGAUCAGACUAAAACGAAAGAUGGAUUGAGCUGUAAGUAGGAUAAUCUUGAAAUAUAGUCGAUUAGAGUUUUCAAAAGCCUAAAUGACUCGGAAGAGGUUCACCAUCCAGCGCAAAACAAGAAACCAGAGCUAUCAGAGUCGGGACCUAUAUAAAAUUUUUGUUCACAGAUGCUUGUCAUAUAAUUGAAGUAGUUUGAAAGAAGCAUGGCCCAAAAUUUAUGUCUUUACAUGUUCAAAUCUAGUUAACAGAACACCAAUUUAUUUAAAUAUAAAUAUUUUAUGAUUUCUUAAAUAUAACAUGUUGGAAACUGUUUAAAAUUGCAAUAAAAUACGCCUAACUUUUUGUUAAUACGAUGAAAUAUGAAAAUGGUCAUGAGGUUAAUAUCAAUCUAGUUGCUCUGCAACAGUUAGAAAGGUGUUAGUUAUAUUUGUGCUGAGCCUCACUACGUCACUCUGAUCCCCUCUACGUCUCGUAGACCCGCCUUUGCGCAUGCGUGCUCGGUUAAUGCUGUUUUAUUAAUUUUUUUUUUUCGGGUCAAAAAUGGCUGCCGGUCCCAUCUAACCCUCCUCAGCAAGGAUUAACCAGGCCAUAAAUAAACUGCAAAGAGCGGGGUGGUUUCCGGACGGAGCUCUGGUCAGAGCACCGGGGGCGUAGGGUGCGCAGCGCCCGCACAAAGAUGAUGCUGCUGCUUCCAGAGGGGACAAACCUUUACGAGACAGAAUUAACCCGUUCCAACACAACACCCAACAAUAAAUGAGAAAAAUGAUGCACCGAUUGAGCAGCAGCACCAGUGACUUCUGUAUUGGUGGGCUGGCAGAGGACUGCCACCCAGCCAGCCACUUUGAUUUAUGCAGCACCCACUCCAACAAGUUUUAUGCCUCUCCGACAAACCCUGGUUUGCAGCUGUCCCUCGCCAGUCUUACCCCAUUGCCGCAGGGAAUACACAAAGCCAUGACAUGCCAGCUGCAGGAGACCCAAGGUGACUUCCAACCACAGGCAGUGAGAAUCGGGGCCGGCGAGGCCCUGGCGCCUGAUUGCCCCAAGAAAAAGAAAGGUACUGUUAAAUCAGGGCGGAGAGGGAGGCCUUCGGGGACUACAAAGUUGGCUGGGUACCGCACAAGUACUGGACGCCCACUUGGGACGACCAGAGCGGCCGGAUUCAAAACCAGCCCAGGGAGACCCCUGGGGACCACCAAGGCAGCGGGAUAUAAAGUCAGCCCAGGCAGGCCGCCCGGCAGCAUCAAGAGUCUAGCUCGUCUCAAAAAGCUGGAGUUUGGCUGUGAUGCUGCAAAAACCCUUGACUUGAGCAACUGCAGCAUUCCCAAGAAACUGGACUUCCCUGGCAGUGAUGUUCCGCCUUUUCCGUACGCCAUCAUGGAAAGUAGAGAUCUCUGUGACGCCAGCAGCAAAGUGGAUGAACCCGGCGAAUAGCUCAACAGACGCCUCUGUUAUUUGGUUGCAUGAGCAUGCGUCAGAAAACUUUUUUUUUUAAAGAAACUGUAUCACCUUUCACUCACAUCUAAUAAGUGAAUCAAAGUGUAAUUACCGAUGCACUAAUUCAUGCAUGCAUGCAUGCAAAAAAAUAAAUAAAUAAAUAAAUCAUCAGAAAAAGCAAAAAAAGUCAUAAGUAGCAAUUCAAACUUUAUGUCAGAGUUGUUUGUUCCCUCAGUCUGGGCCAGCUCAAGGUAUAAGUCAAAAUUGAAUCUUCUUAGGAACCCAAAUUAAAUUUACACAUGGUGACCAUGUUAAAUUAAAAAAUAUAUAUAAAUUAAAAGGUUUUUUUUUAAAUGAGCACUCUGUAUUACUAUUUAUUUAAUAAUGUAAAAGUGACUUUUGAAAAUACAUUAUGUUACAGUCAAAUGAAUUAAUGUUCGUUCGCUAGUCGACUGAAAUACAAGCUAGUUGAAGGCAGAAGGUAAAACUGUCCAAGCAGCCAAGCAUGGACAUUAUGAUGAAUUGAAGGUGGGCCCCCAAAUGAAACUCUGCUUCAGGCCUCACGAGUCCUUGAGCCGGCCCUGGCUCCAGAACAUUUUUUUAUGGCUUUGUGUUUUUGUUCUAGUUUUACUUUCUGAAACAGAUCAACCAGCUCACUUCCUUGACAGAAAAUGUUUUCAAACUAAUCUACUUGUACAGUAUGUGUUUUAUUUUGUUUUACAACCCAGCACCAAAGCUAAGCAGAUGGGUUUGACCUACCAGUUUCAGUUUUGACUGAUUCAGAUUUUCUUGCUGAAGACACAUUAAUGGGGACAAAAAUGGCUCCAGAUUAUUUUAUAAACAGAGUGUAACCAUGUAAGUAUCAAAGCAUUUGUCCUAUAAAUUUGUGUGAUUUCUGUUGAGGCUCAAUCGUGCAUACAUACAGUUGUCUACUACAUUUCGAGGCUGAAAAUGGUGGGAGUUAUUAGUUUUGGUUCUACAACAACAGAAAAGAAAAUUACCAUCUGUGGCGAAUUGAUUGGUGCAUCUCUUCAAACAAUUUGUGUUUAAAUUUUUAAUUAGCUUCAACUGCUAUAACUUACUACUUUUUAAGCACAGUGUUUAUUCUUUCUGCACUUUGUAAAUAUAGAUGUCUUUCCUCUUUAUUAUUGAACUUAUCAUAAGCACUUCCAUUUUUAUGUAGUUAUACUUGUCACUAUUGAAAAUCAGAAAUAUGCAUUGUGGAUUAUAUAAUAAAUCCUAAUGUGCUGUAUGUGAAACCAUAAUAAAAAUCUUUUCAAGUA